AUGUCAACACUCUAUGUUGGGCAUUUGAAUCCUCGUAUGCUAAAGCGUGAUAUAGAAAAGUUAUUCGAAUCAUAUGGUGAAAUAAAACAAGUUCAUUUUAAAGGGGCAUAUGCGUUCGUUGAUUUUUAUGAUGGCUAUCAAGCCUGUCAAUGUGCACACAAUUUGAAUGGAAAAACUGUGCUCGGUGAAAGAAUAACUGUUGAACAUGUGCAUGGCAGUGCAGGUAUCUGUUACGCCGAUCGAGAUCGUUUGCCAAGUCAUGGCAGUUCUCCACCAAUUUCGUCAUCACAUCGGUCAUCAGCCAACGGCCGUAGCCAUUAUUCACCAGAACGAGAGAGAGAACGAGAUCGAAAUUAUAAAUGUUCAUCACCCACAUUUAAUAACAAACGCACAUCUUCGUCAUCCAAACAACGACAUCGUGAAAGUUCAAGAGAAAGAAAAGUUUACUCAAGUUCCACUGUUCGUUCAUCAUCUUCUCAAAAACCGGCGUGGAUAGAUAAAUAUGGACUACCAACAAGAACCCCAUUUAGAAUUGUUGUUAGAAAUCUUUCUCGACGAGUCUCAUGGCAGGAUUUAAAAGAUUUAAUGAGAGAAGCAGGAGAGGUCACCUAUGCUGAUGCUCAUCGUCGCAGUGCUCAUGAAGCAUUUGUUGAAUUUAUAUCGUAUGAAGAUAUGCAAAAAGCGAUUAAACGUUUUGAUCGUACAAAUUUAAAAGGCAGAGUUAUACGCGUUAGUCAAGAUCGAGAGAACACUCAUCCUAAAUCCUCAUCUGAUUCUCCACAACGUGAACCUCGUCACACUCGAAAUACUCGUUCAUCAUCGUCUAAUCGUCACGAAGGUAUCGAUGAAGAUGAUGUUCGUCGUUCACCAACAAAAAAUUUAAAACGUUCUCACGAUGAUAGUGGCUCUAUUUCAAAUGACAGAAAACGUCGAACAAUAGAGAAAGAGAAAAAAUCGUCCACAAGUAAAAAGUCAACAAGACGUCAGUCGAUUUCUUCUCGUUCAUCUCGAUCGUUUAACGAUAAUGAUGAAUAUUUGGAUAAUGAUAAAAUUGGUGCAGAUGAUGAAUUAGAUGAAUCAACUGAUCGUCGUACAUUUAGUCGAAGUGGUGCUAUUGAUCAGAAUCAGCACGAUCGGAAAAAGAAAGAAGAUGGAGAAGGAGUAUCAGCAACAGUUUCUCAGCAUAAAUCAGAUAAACAAGAACCAAAACAGACAUUCCUCCACACACCAUCAUCUAACAGUUUAGAUGAUGUAACAGUGACAAAUGAAGAUGAGAAUAGCAAUAAUAACAAUAAAUAUGAUAGUGAUGAUGAUGAAGAUGAAGAUGAAGAUUUAACAGCAAGUUUCAAUGAAUUGUUGAGUAAAAACAAACAAUUUAAAGAUACCAGUAGAAGUGGUGUGGAUAAUGAUAAUAGUGCGAAAGAAAAGAAUAGAGCCGAUGUAUUAAACAACGUACAAGUAAUUAAAAUACAAAUUGAAACGGAUGAGGAUGGCACAGUUACGACAACAACAACAACAGAAGCAUCUCCCAAUGAUAUGACAACGGACUCUGCUGAUACAGCUGAAAAAAGAAAUGAUGAGCGAAAAGCGAAUUCCAUCAAUAAGGACGAAGGAGAUGGUACUGAAAAUUUUCAAUCAGACAUAGAUUCGUCAAAAUACGAGCGAGAACACACUGAUCAGACAAGUAGCAAUGUUAAGCACACAAGUACAACAGCAGCGACCGAAGAAUUGGAAGAAGAUGAUGAUAACGAGCAAAAUGAACCAAUAACACCAGAACUGGAAUUAGCCCAAAACUUUUAUAAUCAAGCAAUGAAACUAAUCAAUGGAACAAAAAGGCACUAUGAUGAAGCGUACAAAUUGUUUUUGAAAGCAGCUGAUCUUGGUAGUAUUGAAGCAAAAGAAGAAUUGGCAAUGGCACAUCUGAUAGGUGAACAUUUACUAUUAAAUUUCACUCGUGCUAGAUUAUAUUUUGAGGAAGGUAUUCUUCAAGGAUCACCAAGAUCUCAUUUUGGUCUUUCAUUUAUGCAUAGUGUUGGUUUAAUCGCUAAUGCGAGUAUUCCAAAGGCAUUAAUUUAUUUGACAUUUUCCGCUAUUGAUGGUGAUAGUUUCGGUCAAAUGGCUUUAGGCUAUCGAUACUGGAGAUCAGUAGGCGUUUAUCAUAGCUGUGAAUCAGCCUUACUUUAUUAUAAACAAGUAGCAACAGAAGUGGCAAGUAAAAUUACUUCAUCUAGUGGCCAAUUGAUUCAAAGGAUACGUUUAUAUGAUGAAGAAGAAAAUCCUAGUCAAAAUAAUAUAAUGGUCGAUGAUGAUCUCCUUCAAUACUAUCAAUUACUGGCUGAUAGGGGAGACAUACAAGCUCAGUAUGGACUAGGUCAAUUAUAUUAUUUACGAGAUACGGCAUUCGAUAGAGCUUUGCAUUAUUUUCGUUUGGCAGCUGAAGGUGGCAAUUCAAAUGCAAUGGCUUAUUUAGGAAAAUUAUAUUCUGAAAAAAAUGACUAUAUUAAACAAAAUAAUAUAACAGCAUUAAAUUAUUUUCAAAAAUCGGCGGAAAAAAAUAAUCCCAUGGGACAAGCCGGUGUUGGUACAAUGUAUUAUCAUGGAGCUGGCGUUGAAAAAAAUUUUGAAAAAGCAUUAAAAUAUUUUCAAUUAUCAUCUGAUCAAGGUUAUGCUGAAGGACAGCUAAUGUUAGGGAUCAUGUAUUAUAAUGGUGAAGGUGUAAAACGUGAUUAUAAAAUGGCCGUAAAAUAUUUUAGUUCAGCCUCUCAGUCGGGUCAUGCUCUCGGUUAUUACAAUUUAGCUCAAAUGCAUUCAAGCGGAACCGGUGUUCUUCGUUCAUGUACAACAGCUGUUGAACUAUUUAAAAAUGUAGCUGAACGAGGUCGAUGGUCAUCGAUAUUUAUUGAAGCUUAUAAUUUAUAUAAACAAGGACAUAUUGAUCAAGCAUUAGGAAAAUAUUUACUUUUAGCUGAAUUAGGCUACGAGAUAGCACAAUCAAAUGUUGCCUAUAUUCUUGAUCAAUCUCAAAUUACUAUGUAUCCAUCUAAGAGUGAACGAUAUCGUCGAGCAUUAAUCUAUUGGAAUCGUGCAGCUAUACAAGGAUUUCAUGCUGCUCGAGUUAAAUUAGGUGAUUAUUACUUUUAUGGUUAUGGUACAGAAAAAAGUUAUGAAACAGCCGCUACACAUUAUAAACAUGCCAGUGAUCAUAGUCAAAAUCCACAAGCAAUGUUCAAUUUAGCUUAUAUGCAUGAAAAAGGUUUAGGACUUAAAAAGGAUAUUCAUUUGGCAAAACGAUUUUAUGAUUUGGCAGCUGAAACAAGUAGUGAUGCACAAUUACCAGUCAAUAUUGUUUUAUUCAAAAUACAUUUAGAAUUAUUAUGGGAAAAAUGGAAAGGGUAUUCAAAAUCGUUAUUCCACUUUGAUUCUAUCUCACUGCUAAAUUCUUAUUGGGAUGUAUAUUUGAUGGUGGUGCUAGGUGUUUUAAUUGGCUUUUUGUAUACAAUACGUCGACAAAGAGCGAACAGACCAUUUAUAAUAAAUGAUCAGCCACAUGUCGUUCAGCCACCACCAGCUCAGCCUCCUUUAGUUCAAAACAUGGGACAGUGA